CUAUUCUUAUAACUAGUUAGAUAUCCCUUAAAAAUGAAAGUCAACCCUCAAAGAUAACAAUCUAAGCAAAGCAAAGAUGAGUCUCAAAGUGGAUGAUGAGUUCGUGUCUGAAAUGGAGGAAGAACACACUCUAGCUCCAUCUAUACCAGUCCCCAGUGUUCAAGAAAUGGUAAGGAAUAAUCCUUUGGAGGUUCCUCAAAGAUAUGUGAGGAGUGAAGAAGAACUGGAGAAGGUCAACCAUAUGCCUCAUCUUUCACCUCAGAUCCCUGUCAUUGAUUUAGCACUUCUCUCGCAUGGGAACACGGAUGAGUUGUUGAAGUUGGACGUAGCAUGCAAGGAGUGGGGUUUCUUUCAGAUAGUAAAUCAUGGCAUCCAAAAAGAACUUUUGCAUAGAAUGAAGGAUGCAUCGGCAGAGUUUUUCAAACUUCCAAUAGAAGAAAAGGACAAGUAUGCAAUGCCCUCAAACGACAUACAAGGUUAUGGUCACGCUUAUGUGGUUUCUGAGGAGCAGACACUUGACUGGUCAGAUAUAUUGAUGUUUGUCACAUACCCCAACCGGUACAGGAAGCUUCAAUAUUGGCCUAAAACUCCAGAGGGAUUCAAGGAGAUCAUAGAGGCAUAUGCAAGUGAAAUUAGGCGAGUUGGUGAGGAACUGCUUAGUUCAUUGUCAGUGAUUAUGGGGAUGCAGAAACAUGUUCUUCUUGAACUGCAAAAAGAAUCACUUCAAGGUAUCCGUGUGAACUAUUACCCUCCUUGCAGCACACCUGAGAAAGUGUUGGGUUUGAGUCCACACUCUGACUCAAGCACUAUCACUUUGCUUAUGCAAGAUGAUGAUGUACCUGGGUUAGAAAUUCGACACGAAGGAGGAUGGGUGCCAGUGACUCCAAUAUCAGAUGCUUUAGUUAUCAAUGUUGGAGAUGUAAUUGAGAUAUGGAGUAAUGGCAAAUACAAGAGUGUAGAACACAGAGCAGUGACAAAUAUGAACAAGACAAGGACUUCUUAUGCAUUUUUUGUGUGCCCACAGGAGGAUGUGGAAGUUGAACCUCUUGAUCAUAUCAUAGAUGCUCAAAACCCCAUGUUGUACCAGAAAGUCAAGUAUGGAGAUUAUUUGAGACAAUGCAUGACGAGGAAAAUGGACGGAAAAGCACACACAGAUGUGGCAAAGAUAAAGGAUUCUGACACAAGGAACAAAGAUGAUUGAGAAAAGAAAAGGUGCAGUGAGAGAAAAUGAAAAGAGAAAAAAGUUUAAAAGUAUUCCCUUAUGCUAAUUUUGCAAGUGUCAAUUUAGUUUGUACCUUGUAUAAUGAUUAAUAAAUAUCAUAUACGUCAACCGUGGUAGAGUUUCUACUCUCUAAUCUCUACUUAGUGAAAGUCCUUUUCGCUGAAAUUUAUAAAUUAUUUUGAGCUAACUUUGUAAUCUCUGUUGUUUUUAAUUUUGCAAAGUCUGCACUCUUCUUCUCGGUUUUUUUUUUAA